AUGUUUCUCUCUGCUCGAAACGAACGAGUAGUCCUGUCUCGGAAAAAUGUUCUGGUUAAACGACCUGCUUUCGCAAUCCGCGCGGCGCGUGUCUACUGUGCCCAGCAUGACAUGUUCUCGUGUUUAGAUGGCUGCUCGGACUUGCUGGUCAUCAAACUCAAAAACACCUCGCAGCUAAUUCCGGGAAUCAACCCAACAUCUGAGGCGUUAUUGGAGCAAAAAGGUUUCUCGAGUCUUUCAGAUCUCCAGACGCUGCAUCACCAGGCGUUCACUGAUCGGUUUGAUCGGAGCAAAGAGGAACUGGAAAACUUUUUGCUUUGCGAGGCGGGUCUUUCGAAGAAGUCUCAGGCAGCCGCAGUUGCUAGAUUCGUGGAGCGAACAAUCGUUUCUCAAGAAUCGCGACCGAUCAACAAUGUAGACAUCAAGCCAUUAACGCUGUGUGUUGAAGGGAACAUUGGUGCAGGAAAAUCCACUUUUUUGUCAAGUAUUAUCAAAGGUUCAACACUUCUUGAGGAUUUGGGAACCUCUAUUGUCCUUGAGCCAGUUGAAAAGUGGCAGCAAGUUCGAAAUCGCGGGGAGCAGGUUUCUGCAUUUGAGGCUCAUAACAUACUCAAUGAGUUCUACAAAAAUCCUACUCGAUUUGCAUAUACGUUUCAACACCACGUUUUCAUGACACGCCUGCUACUAGAGGCGGAGACCCGAUCUGGCAGUGUACGAAUCAUGGAAAGAAGCAUUCUUUCAGACAGAAUGAUUUUCGUCGAGUCGGUGUAUGAAAAAGGAUGGUUAUCUGACCUAGAGUUCAGUCUUUUUAACAGCUGGUAUGAGCCUGUCGUAAAGGUUUCUCCCCACCUAAUCCCCGAUGCAUUUAUUUAUCUUCGGACAACUCCGGAAGUUUGCUUGAAAAGGUUGAAGAGGAGAGCCCGGGGAGAGGAAACAGAGAUCGACCUUCAAUAUCUAAGAACGUUGCACAAUAAGCACGAAUACUGGCUGAAUCAGGACAAACACGGCGAUGUUCCUGAUGAACCAGCUGGCUUUACAGACUCGACAUUGCACAGCAUAUGUUUUUUACGUGACGGAUGCUUGUCAACGCUGAGAGGCAUUCCGGUUUUAGUGCUUGACUUUGACGAAAAUCUCAACGUGAACCGUUCCUCACAUGCGAAACGAGCUAUGAGACGAGCUGUUGCCUCGUUUGUCUCUUUUGUUCAAAAGCGCGCACUUGGCUACUACGAUCGUGCGCAGAUGACCCAUGAGUACUGCCCGUCGUUCCUUGAAGUGAAGCACUGGAACGACUUUUAUGAUGAUGCCAUGAGUGCAGAAGACAAGACCAGCUCACAGGAUUAGCGGGGUUUUCAAAUGUGAUCAUUUCAUGGGAUGCGGUCUUCGUUUACCUAACUCGCAGUUGGGUUUAACUGUAAUUAGUUGGCGCUGGCUAUCUCAUGGGUUUCCAUGCAAUAGCUCGCUUGCAAAACCUUAAUGAAGUACGU